UAUGGCUUGAAAAAUACAAUUUAGUAUUGUAUUGUAUUUUCAUUCAUUGUAUACAUCAGUAAGUAUUCAGUAACCAGCAUCCAACAGCAUUACAGCAGUAAAAAAUUUCAAAAUGAGUGCUGAUGACCUCUCAGAUGUGUCAAGUGCAUCAGAUAUUGAAGAAAUUGGCGUAGUGGGCACUGUGGCCAGCCGUCAUUCUUCUUCUGCCAGCAGACACAAGCAUAAAAAGAAACAUCACAGACACCAUAGACGUCAUUCACACAAGCGGAAGCAUUAUAGACACAAGUCAUCAAGUCGUAAAGAGAAGAAGUCACACAAGCACAAGAGUCGGUCACGUCAUCGCCACAGUGGCAGCAGCAGCAGUUCAACUGAGGAGUCAGAUGAUGAGGGAGCUGAUGGCCAUGCUGCGGAGAGCGUGGCUGAUGGUGCCACUGCAGCACGUCACAGAUCAUCUGUGCCUGAGAUGAACAACAAGAGUUCCACACUGAGCAAGGUGCAGCAGUCAGCUGCAGCUUUAGUAGCUGCUGCUGCUGCUGCUUUAUCAGAUGAUGACAGUGAUGAUGAUCUUGACUUGGUUGAUGAUUUGUUGGAAGGCUCGGUACAAGCUGCUGGCUCUGCAAAGACGGCUGACAGAACUCCAGUUAAGGAGUUUACUAUGAAAGGAGGUUGGGGCGUAGAGGACAACUCCAACGAUUCUCAUGUCGUUGCACAGCAUGAUGGGCGAGGUGUACAGAUUAGCAAGAAUGGAGACCUCCAUUCCCUCACCAUCAACGUCAUGAAUGAAAAAGUUUCUAGACAGGGGUUGCCGAGUCUCAAUGACUCCAGUCCAAUGCUGCAGAACAUUGAUUCCGACUCAAAUAUUUCAUCGGCCAUGAUGACUCGUUGCAGCAGCAUCCCUCCACCUGAGGAUAUUGAUCUCAACUCAUCAGACAUGAUGCCUAUUGAUGACAUCAACCUUGAAGACUUGAUGAAACAAAAGGCUGCCCUACAAGCGGUGCUUGGUGCCUACAUGUCAGAAGGUGGCGAGGACUCUGACACUUCUACCCACACACCUCCUCCUCCCCUGGCCAUGGACCAGCCUCCACUGCAACAUGAAGAAGAAGAAACCAACGACGCUGAACUGAUGCUCGAAGCUGAGCUUGAGGCAAGCAUGGACCUCCAGAAGAAACUCAAAGAGCUCAGAAACAAAGUAGAGCAAGAGAGGGUUCAAGUUUCUGCUGUACCAGAGCGAAGCGCGAGACCUGACAAAAGACAGGAUAAAAAAGUGGAGAAGGAAGAACCUAAAGUUGUUACGAUCUUGGACUCUGACGAAGAAGAGGAGCUUGCUAAGAAAAAGAAGAAGGAAGACAAGAGAUCAAAGAAGCGAAAAAGAAGCAGGUCGACGAGCGCCGACAGAGACAAGAGGGCGCGACGUGGCGACGGCCGGCGGGACAAAUCCUCGAGGAGCGACCGCAGUUCCCGCAAAGACAGGGACGAGCGAGACAGAAAGCGGCGCGAAGAGAGGGAGAAGCGAGAGCAGGAGAGGAAGGAACGUGAAGAGCGCGAGGAGAAGAGAAAGAAGGAAGAAAUUGAGAGAAGAGAGAAGGAGCGUGAAGCUCGCCACCGCGAGUUCUUGGAGCGCGAGGAGCGGCGCAAGAAGGAGUGGCAGCGGCGUAUGGAAGAGCGUCGUGAGCGCGACAAGCGGCGGGAGGAGCGCGCCAAGCAGUUCGAUGAAGAUCGCGCUAAGCGGGGACGGCGAUCUCGCGACCGCUCGCGCGAGGGCGAAGGGUUGAGUGAAAUUCCCCGAAGCCACGAAAUAGAUCGAGAGCGUGAGCGACAGAAAGAAGCGAUCUUUGGCAAAACAAAAGAGUCUUCAUCGGAAUCUGAGGUGGCCGACAUAAGCUUCGAUGAAGACGAUGAAGAGGAAACCGAGGAGCAGAAAAUCGAGAGGAUGAGGAAGAGACGUGAAGCGCUCUAUAAGAACCUCGGCCUCGAGAAAGGAUCGGCCAGUAACACUCCUUCCAACACAGCGCCCGUGUCUCCAGCCCCUGCACAGCCCCAGCCUGAACGGCCGGAAGCUACGACUGACCUCGUCACAAAUGGAAAAGAAGACUUAAGACCUUCCACUCCGGAGGUAGCAGAUUGCACGACUUCUAGCAAGAGAAGCUCGAGAUCUUCAUCCCGGAGCAGCAGAAGCAGCAGCAGCAGCAGUAGCAGUUCUAGCAGCUCAACUUCCAGCAAAACUCCAGAAAAGAGUGAAGCGCGUGCUAGGGGAGAAAAGGAUAUCUCGUUGGUGGAGCAAAAUAUUUCAGAAGCUCCUAAAGGCACUGGUGAGCCCACUGUGCGUAAAGUAGAAAAACGUUCGCGUUGGGACACUCGCCGGUCACCUCUCAAUGAUUCAAACGCUCAAACCGAGCACACCAAUGGCGUCACUUCAGACAAAGCCCGCGCUGAUGAUCACAAACAAGAGAAGUUACAGAAGAGUUCAGACAUGUUCUGCGAGAAUGAUAUGUUCGGCGACAAUUUCAUUGUAGACAAAACAAGCGCUUCUGUUGCGGGUAAACUUGAAAAUCCCAACCUGUUAGAUAACUGGGAUGAUGCUGAAGGAUAUUACAGGGUCAGAAUUGGCGAAGUCCUCGACCAUCGGUACACAGUGUACGGCUACACGGGCCAGGGUGUGUUCUCUAACGUGGUGCGCGCACGUGACGGCGCACGCGGCGGUCAGGACGUCGCCAUCAAGAUCAUCAGGAACAACGAGAUCAUGCACAAGACGGGCAAGCGGGAGUUGAAUAUUCUGAAGAGCCUUAACGACGCUGAUCCAGAAGACAAGUAUCACUGUCUGCGGCUUUUCCGGAACUUCUUCCACAAAAACCACUUGUGUCUCGUUUUUGAACCUCUUUCCAUGUCGCUGAGAGAGGUUCUGAAGAAGUACGGCAAAGACGUCGGCCUGCACAUAAAGGCCGUGCGCUCAUACAGCCACCAACUGUUCUGCGCCCUCAAGCUGCUGCGCAAGUGUAACAUCAUCCACGCCGACAUCAAACCAGAUAACAUUCUUGUCAAUGAAAAGAAGCUGGUGCUGAAGCUCUGUGAUUUCGGUUCAUCUUCCAAAGUGACCGAGAAUGAAGUGACUCCGUAUCUUGUGGCUCGAUUCUACCGCGCUCCUGAAAUUAUCCUCGGUAUAGCGUACGAGUUUGGCAUCGACUUGUGGUCGGCAGCUUGCACAAUCUUCGAGCUGUACACGGGCAAAAUUAUGUUCCCGGGUAAAACUAACAAUCAGAUGCUUAAGUUAUUCAUGGACCUGAAGGGCAAGAUGCCUAAUAAACUCAUCCGUAAAGGCGCGUUCAAAGACCAGCACUUCGAUAACGUCUGCAGCUUCCGCUACCGCGAUGUGGACCGGGUCACCGAGCGUGAGAAAGAGGUCGUACUUGCUACAAUAAAUCCGACGCGUCAACUUCUCCCCGAGCUUCUGGGUGAUACAAACCUCCCUGAAGACCAGGCGCGCAAGGUGUGCCAGCUCAAAGACAUCCUCGACAAAUGCCUCAUGCUCGACCCUACCAAGCGAGCAACUAUAGAUCAUUGCCUAACUCAUCCCUUCAUCCGUGAAAAAAUUUAAAUGCUAUUGUAAUUAGUAUAUCUCAAAGUUUUCUUUUGUAAAUCUAGCCACAGACAUUCAAUUUAGAAAUCACGAUUAAUUUAUGUCUUACUCGCGUCUUCACCAUGCAAAACCAUUUGCUUCACCCCUUCUUGACAUUUUAAGAUUGAGCAACGUUCACACUCGUGUUGAACGAUCCAGCUCAGAGACAACUGCGGCAAUCGUAUAAGUUAAAUCCGAUGUAGCUGGCUUCUUCAAACAAAAGAAUGUAGAUAAUGUACGUUUUAGAACAUAGGUUUGCAACAUUUCUUGCAGACCUACCCACUAAAAUCGAGAUUUGCUUUUCCAGCAUGUAAUAAAAUAAUAAUACGGAAAUAAUGUGUAGUUCACGUUGUAAUUUGCACCACCAGUUCUUUUCGUCAAGGCUUCCAAUAGUCUGAAAAUUUUCUGACAUCUUAGUGCGGUUUCAGAAAGAACUAAAUUUAUUUUAAUAUUGACGACACUGGAGUGGUAAUUAAAGUAUUAUUCUUGUGUUGUAUUUACGUAUUGUAAUAAUUACAGACGCUAAGUGACGAUAAUCGAAUCCAGUUGAGUAAUAGAAAUUUAGCUUCACACCUCGUUACUUAAAAUGAUUGAAACGACGUAAACGAUUCACACGAAAAAUUGAAAUUCUGUCCUAUGAAAAUAUGCCGGCAAAUUUGGGCUUUUUUUUUUUUUUUUUUUUUUUUUGUCUUGCUUGCUGGGAAUUUCCCUUCAUUGAGCUCAUUCAUUUUGAAAUCAAUUUAAUUUAGAACCCUUUUUAAGUUCGUGUUAUUUUACUUUACGCUUAUAUAUGUUGGUAUUGGAGCUUACUAUUAGUGUCCGAAUUAAAUGUCAAAAAAAUGCCCUCGUGGUCGGGCCUUACUAAAGAACGAAAAUUUAUUGUUCAUGGUAAGAAUUCAAUUAGGAAAUAAAAGAGAGUCGUGCUAUCCGCGAUCCAGUAGCUGCGAAUAACUCGUAUGUAUCAACCAUAAUUCUGUGUAGCAGCCAAUCAAAUUUCGUUCGCAUCUGUCAGUUUAUUGCAUUUGAUCUCCCUAAAUUUAUUCCGUUUGAGAAUCUCUCGAUGGGCGUCGGAGUCUAACUCUGUGCUUGCACUCAGCGGCUCCCUGUAUUUAAAUCGCUCGUAUUACUGAGCUGGCUAUUCCGAGUGACCUUGAGCUGAGCUUAUGGGAGACGGUGAUAAUAUCCCUCCUUUUUAUUUUUCUUAAUAUUGCUGCCAAAACCUAUUGAAGUAUGCACACAAAUUGUGUCGUCAAUGUAGGUAUCACAUGAGCCUUCUGAUGGAUGUAUAAAUUAAGCUUUGUUAAAAUAUUGGCCAGGAUAAGCCGUAUGCGGAAUUGAAAAGAUCGCUUUUUCAGUCCAGCGCGAAUCUUGCAACGCGAAAAUUUAUCUUCUAUAGUAUAUAAUUUUGUUUAAGUCAAUUGAAUGGAACAAUCGAGUCGAAACUGAGUAUUUAUUUGGUAUUUUGUCCAAAAAUUCGAAACAAUUGAGGAUUUUUUAUGGUGUGUGUCGUAAUUACACCGUUAAAUCACAUUUCUUAAUGUGAAUCUUGUUCACAACUUAUUCAUAAAGCCGACUUUUCAUCCAAACUUCGCUCAGACGUCAAAUAAUUUAACUUUAAUCUUGGAGGCAGGACAGUUUAAUGUGUGCAUUUCGAGUGAACGUUGUUAACCUGGAGGAUUGACUAAAGUUUUGUGUUAAUAAGUCAUUAGUGAUAUAUGUUUGAUAAAAGUUCUGAAAAUUCGAGCUUUUUUUUUGCUUCUUUUCAUGGGGCAGUUUUUUUUCAAUUUCAUCGAGUUUUUUUUUCGAAUUCAAUUAAAUGAUCUUUUUUAUGAAAUGUCACAUGUGCUCUUUUUGGCUUGCGGUGAUGCUUUGCUUAAAAAACCGGUGGCUUCGAGUUAAUGAUUCGUCCAAAAACACUUCUGAUAUUGUAUUACAUCUUAUUACUGAACUCGGUUGAAGCUAUGUGCAUGCAUGUACAAAAUAUAAUUCUUCUCUAUUAGGAUCUGAUAUUGAAACUUUUAAGUAAAAAAUACGUAAUCAUGAGCUCAAAUGAUUAAUUUGGUCUGUUGCUGUAUCCGAGGUCCUCUGAUGUGUGCAAGUUAACCACACACUCUGUAAGUAAACCAUCUACUCCAUCAGCA